AUGGCACAAGAUGGGACCGCGGCCAAAAGCCCGGAGCUCAGCGCGGGCUCUGUGCGAUGUCUAGCUGCUGCUGCGCUCCGGCCAGAAGAAGCAGCAGGCGCCGCCGGCGCGGCAGGUGGGCCCAUCCGGGUUCAGGUGCUCUGUCGGAAGCCAGCCCGCGAGGGAAGCAAGGAUCGGCGCACCGCUCUACGCAUCUCGGACGGCUGCCACCACAUCCUUGCGCUGUUGGCCGAAGACAUCAAGGAUCCACAAGAGGGAAGCGUUAUUGAGCUGCUGGAGUGGUCCUGCGGGAUGCACGAGGGCCUGCAGGCAGUCUUUGUGGAGGACUGGGAUCAGACCUCGACCGAGUGCUUGGGAAUCUUAGGGCAGCCGGUGGCGGUCCCGCUGGAAGUUCCACCCAGCGCCCCACAAACCAGUGCCUUUGAGGCUCCGAUGGCACCGGCCGCCAAGUGCCAGCCCUUGUGUGAGAAACCGAGACCGGUUGCCAGCCCCAUGCGAAGCCAGAGCCAAGCCAGUUUCCAUCCGGACACCAAGUCUUUGGCAUCCCCGCACGCAGUGGCCGCCAUGAUGCCUGCCUCUGCAUCCUUACCAGUCGUGCCGAUUGCAGAGCUCAGUUCCUUCAUGCAGCGUUGCAGAGUGAUGGUUCGUGUGCUGAGUAAAUCGGAGAUGAAGACGUUCAACAACGCGAGAGGGCCAGGCAAGCUAUUCUCUGUGGAUCUCAUGGAUGCAGCGGGCGAGUGUGUCCGUGCAGCCUGUUUCAAUGCAGCUGCAGACAAGUACUUCGGCAUGUUGCAGAUCAAGAAGACCUAUGACAUCAAUGGCGCAUCAGUCAAGCCUGGAAAUCCGCGGUGGUGCCGGUACCCCUUCGAGCUCACGAUCGAGGACCGUGGGACGUCCGUCGUGGCUUUGCCAGAAGACGGUUCCAUACCACCGAUGCCAUACAAGUUUGUCCCACUUGCAAGCUUGGGAACGUCUCCGGCGGGCAGCUCUUGCGAUGUGAUGGGUGUGGUGCACUCCGUGGAGGAGCCGGUCAGCAUCGCGACUCGCAACCAGGGGCCGCGCCAGAGGCGACAGUUUCUGAUCGUUGAUAGCUCGCAGGCUUCAGUGAGCGUGAGCCUCUGGGGAGAGAAGGCUGACAUUCAAUUCGGAGUGGGCUCGGUGAUCUUCAUCCGGAAUGCUAAAGUCAGUGACUUCUCUGGCCGCAGCCUGGACCUCAACGCCGGAAGUUUCCUGGAGGCCAACCCAGAUGACAAGCGCGCCUUUCAGCUCAAGGCGUGGUACCAAGGCGGUGGCAAGAACGAGCCAGUGCGAUUCACGCUGACGACAGGCCAGUCCUCGACCAGAGGCCGCAAGAGAAGCCUUGCGGAGAUGCAGCAGGAAGACGGACUGCUACGCUUGCAGAGCGAUGGAAGCGAGAAGGCCCACACGGUCCACUACCACCGGGUCUCGCCCGUGACCGUCACAGCAGUUCGAAAUGAACGUGCUCCUUUCUAUUGGGGCUGCACGCAGGAAGUGAUAGGGAUGGAAUCGAAGCCUCGCAUGUGCAACAAGAAGGUUGAGAAUGGCCAGUGUGCCGGCGGCCACAUCUGUCCUGAGCCGGCUGCCCGCUUCAAUCUGAACCUCACCUUGUCGGAUGCGACCUCUUCAGUGCGCUGCCGGGCCUUCGGUGAGCCUGCAGAGGCCCUUGCGGAUGUUCCUGCCUCGGAGUUUGCCGUCUUGGAGAACGAGCGCUUGACGGGUAGCAUCCACGCGGAGAAAGCCUACAUGCGGAUUUUCUCCAACAUGCUCCGCCGAUGGUCUCUCACACUUAAGUGCAGGAAGGAGUGCUUUGAGGGUCGCGAGCGGGUUCAGAUCUCGGUGGAGAAUUGCUCCCCUGUAGACUUCGUGUCGGAGGGCAAGGAAAUGGCUGCAGCAGUGCGUCAUGCCCUGGGCAUAAAAGAAAGUGAGAGCAUGCGUACCCCCCAAAUGUUGAUUGAAAGGAGCCGGGGGGCGGAAGGUACAGUAGUAGUGAAUGCUCGUGUCUGA